AAAUUUAGAAUUUUUGGCGGACUUUUAUGAGUCAAGGCGGGAUUUUCGAGGGAAAAAUAGAUUCCCAUUUCCCUCUCUCUUUUCUCUCUCCUCUCUUCUCUCUCUCUUUUCCUCGAUUCCUUCCUUCUCCUCUCCCAGAGAAUCCCCUCGUCUCUCUAUCACCUUUCGCAAAUGGAUCCAUGGGUUGAGAAUCAGGAAAGGAAGGAGAUGAAGAAGAUGAAGAAACAUUUUGACAUGCUUCAGUUUAUUUGCGAUGCUGAACACGGGAUUCCAACUUCGUGCCCAUGUGGGGGACGAAUCGUCGACGAGGUUUCUACUAAUCCAACAGAUAAGGAUUUUCUACCAGGCCGAAGGUACUUCACUUGUAAUGAGUACAAGAAUGAUGGGUUCCACUUCCGUCAACCAUGGGUUCUCGGGGUUGAGGAAGAGGUUCGCUCCUUAAGGCAGGAUGUGGACAAAAUGGCUGAAGAGAUGCACAAAAUGGCUGAAGAAAUUGCUCAGCUUAAGGACCUUCUUACCCGUAAAUGAGAAGCCUUAUGUUGUUUGGAUUUGUGUCUUUAGUUUGAGAUCAGAUCUCCUUUAGUUUCUGCAAUAAGCCUUAUGUUUGGAUUUGUGGAAUUGUGUGAUGUUGUGUUAAAGACUAUCUCCUAAUUAAUGUGAUGUUGUGUUAAGAUUACUGGUUUUCCGUAGUAAUACCAAAGUUUUCCGUAGUAAUCCAUAGUUCUCGAACAAAACACUUAAAGUUAAAGUA